AGGAUGGAAGAAACCAUUGAUGAAAAGGGCCUAAAACUGAGAGAUGCAGCUCAAAGAGGGGACCUAUCCAUGUUGUAUAACAUGAUUGAUGUGAAGGCUGACAUUAAUGAUACAGAUGAGUACAAAAAUACGGCACUACACCAUGCAUGUAGAGAGGGCCAUCUAUCUGUAGUAAAGGCACUAAUUGACGCUAAGGCAAAGCUUAACAGAGAAACAAAGAUUGGACAGACCCCACUUCAACUUGCAGCUAAUAGAGGGCACCACAUGGUUGUACAGACACUUUUAAAUGCAGAUGCAAAGAAGAACAAGAGAACAGGGUAUAGCGCUUUUACUGCCCUACAUUUCGCAACUAAAAGCUGUCAUGCAGAGUGUGUUAAGAUCUUGCUGGACUGCAAUGCAGACACAGAAAUACUAGAUCUGAUUAAAAAACCAGCAGAAUAUUAUGCAAAGACAGAGGAAAUAAAAGAAUUGUACAGAAAACACAAAGAAAAAGAUGCACAUUGGGAUAAAUACAUUGAUAAAGAAAACAAAAAAUCUCGGAAGUCUGCAAGACGAAAAAGAGAAAAAACACUUCUUGAAGAGAAACAUGUGAGUUUUGUGGAGGAAAAUAUAAGGAAACCAAAAGCAGAUAGCAAAAAACGCGACAAAUCCCCACAUGAAAAACCCAAUACUCCACCGAAAACCAAACGUGACAAAUCCCCACAUGAAAAACCCAAUACUCCACCGAAAACCAAACGUGACAAAUCCCCACAUGAAAAACCCAAUACUUCACCGAAAACCAAACG